AUGCAGUUCAGACUCUCCGUCGCCGUUCUCCUCACCUUUGCGCUCAGCGCCCUUGCCUCUCCCGUCCCGUCAGACGAUCUCGCUACCAGAAACCCCGAAGCUGAGGCCAUGGACACUUUGCUCGAGAGAGUAAGAAAACAAUCACCAUGUCGACAAUGUACUCCCGAUCCGUCCAACAUGCCCUCGUGCGUCCAGCAACAGCCUCAAUCCGCGCCGCCAACCGACCAAGCAUGCUCCCCCCAACCAUCAAGCAAAGCCUCCAACAAACCCAAGACCAUGCUCGAAGACAAGAACGCCUUUGGAUUUGUCCGCCAUAACCCCCGCCCUCCCAAGCCGAGAAAGGUUGGAGUCACGGAAAUCCGAGGCCCGUAUUACUCAGCCAUGGGCAAGCGGUAUUUGCAGGAUGUUCUUGAGACAAUGGGCUACCACAUAGACGGCCUCAAAUUCGCCGGCGGCUCCUUCUCCCUCUUCCCCGAAUCCCGCCUCCGCGAACUCAUCGACCUCGCCCACGAGCACGGCGUCUACGUGUCCACCGGCGGCUGGAUCGAGCACAUCCUGUCUUCCUCUCCGGACGCCCACUCCGCCGUCGACAAGUACCUGUCCCACUGCAAGUCCUUGGGGUUCGACGUGAUCGAAAUCAGCACCGGCUUCCUCUCCUUGCCUCCAGACGACUGGCUGCGUUUGAUCAAUAAAGUGCACGACGCCGGGCUUAUUGCCAAACCUGAGAUUGGCAUCCAAUUCGGUGCUGGCGGGGAUACGAGCGCCGCAGAACUGGAAAGUAUGGGCGCUACCGCUGAUCCGAGUAAAGUGGUGAAUUUGUGCCGGAGGUUUGUGGAGGAAGGAGGCGUGGAGAGGAUCAUGAUUGAGAGUGAAGGGAUCACGGAGAAUGUGGCGGGCGGGAAGAAGGGGUGGAGGACGGAUGUGGUGCAGGCGAUUUUGAGGGAUAUUCCGCAGGAGAAAGUCAUGUUUGAGGCGGCGGAUCCGGAGGUUUUCAAUUGGUAUGUGCGGGAGUUUGGGACGGAUGUGAACUUGUUUGUGGAUCAUUCGCAGAUUGUGCAGUUGAGUUGUUUAAGGGAGGGCAUUUGGGGCAUGUCGGAUACAUUUGGGAAGGUUGUUUCUUUCCGGUGA